CGCUGCGCUGGGCCAGGCCCGGCCGCCGCGCACCUGUGCCCCCAGCGCGGGCUGCGGUAGAGGCCGUCUCGCUGGUCCUCGCCAGCGCCCUGGAGGCCCCCGCCCUGCCUGACCCCUCUUCACCCCUGCGGCCCUCUGCCGGUUUUCACAAGCUUCCCCGCCUGGCCUAGGCCCUCCUCACCAUCACCUCUCCCGGCUCCGGGGAGCCCCGCAGCUGGAGCGACCUCCCUCCCUCCACUCUCUCCCUCCACUCGUUGGCUCGGCCUCCCAUCCCUCCCACCAGUUGACCCACCCCAUCAGCUGCUCCAGGCUGCAAGAGUAGUUGAAGGCUUUCAAAAAAAAAUCAGCUACACCUGGCUUGAAUCUUAGUGACCUUGGGCUUAUCUGCCUUGGGCCUCUCUUGUCACGUAUCACUCAUCUGUGAGUUGAAGCCCUGACUCCUUUCCCAUUGAGCACUUUUGGAGAACAGAAGGAAGAGGCAUUUCUCUCUGAAGAUGAACUCAACAGACCCCCUUGAGGAUGCCUACAAUGCCACCUUGCUACGCGUGCCUCACUGGCAGGGAGGGAACAGCUCCUCUCUCCAGGAGGGGCUCGAGGAUCUCAUCCACACGGCCACCUUGGUGACCUGUACGUUUCUGCUCACCGUCAUCUUCUGCCUGGGCUCAUAUGGCAACUUCAUUGUCUUCUUGUCUUUCUUUGAUCCAGCCUUCAGGAAAUUCAGAACCAACUUUGAUUUCAUGAUCUUGAACCUGUCCUUCUGUGACCUCUUCAUCUGUGGAGUGACGGCCCCCAUGUUCACCUUUGUGUUGUUCAGCUCGGCCAGGAGUAUCCCAGAUGCAUUCUGCUUCACCUUCCAUCUCACCAGUUCAGGCUUCAUCAUCAUGUCCCUCAAGACGGUGGCGGUGAUUGCCCUGCACCGGCUCCGGAUGGUGCUCGGGAAGCAGCCUAAUCGCACAGCCUCUUUUUCCUGUACCUUGCUCCUCACUCUACUUCUCUGGGCCACCAGUUUCACCCUGGCUACUUUGGCUACCUUGAAAACUAGCAAGUCCCACCUCUGUCUUCCCAUGUCCAGCCUGAUGUCUGGAGAAGGGAAAGCCAUCCUCUCUCUCUAUGUGGUUGACUUCUCCUUUUGUGUCACUGUGGUCUCUGUCUCUUACAUCAUGAUCGCUCAGACCCUGCAUAGGAAUGCUCAAGUCAGAAAGUGCCCCCCUGUCAUCACAGUUGAUGCUUCCAGACCACAACCUUUCAUGGGGGCCCCCGUGAAGGGAGGCGGAGAUCCCAUCCAAUGUACCAUGCCAGCUCUAUAUAGGAACCAGAAUUACAACAAACUGCAGCAUGUUCAGACCCAUGGAUACACCAAGAAUCCCAACCAGCUGCCAACUCCUGCAGCCAGCCGACUCCAGCUGGUAUCCGCCAUCAACCUCUCCACUGCCAAGGAUUCCAAAGCUGUGGUCACCUGUGUGAUCAUUGUGCUGUCGGUCCUGGUGUGCUGUCUUCCACUGGGGAUUUCCUUGGUGCAGGUGGUUCUGUCCAACAAUGGGAGCUUCAUCCUUUACCAGUUUGAACUGUUUGGAUUUACCCUUAUAUUUUUCAAGUCAGGAUUAAACCCUUUUAUAUAUUCUCGGAACAGUGCCGGGCUGAGGAGGAAAGUGCUCUGGUGCCUCCAGUACAUCGGCCUGGGUUUUUUCUGCUGCAAACAAAAGACUCGACUUCGAGCCAUGGGAAAGGGGAACCUGGAAGUCAACAGAAACAAAUCCUCCCAUCAUGAAACAAACUCUGCCUACAUGUUGUCUCCAAAGCCACAGAAGAAAUUUGUGGACCAGGCUUGUGGCCCAAGUCAUUCAAAGGAAAGUGUAGUAAGUCCCAAGAUAUCUGCUGGACAUCAACACUGUGGUCAGAGUAGCUCGACCCCCAUCAACACUCGGAUUGAACCAUACUACAGCAUCUAUAACAGUAGCCCUUCCCAGGAGGAGAGCAGCCCAUGUAACUUGCAGCCAGGAAACUCUUUUGGAUUUGCCAACUCAUACAUUGCCAUGCACUAUCACACUACUAAUGAUUUGAUGCAGGAAUAUGACAGCACUUCAGCCAAGCAGAUUCCAGUCCCCUCUGUUUAAAGUCAUGGGGUCUAGAGACUCUUUUGUAAAUGGUUUUGCCUCAGAUGCUGAGUCUUUUUUAACUUUUUGGCAUCAGUGUCAGAUCAGAACUUAAAGACUGAGCUAAAGAGUUGGCAACUAAGACUUUCUUAUGCCUGAAAUAUUAGUAUCUGUUAGUUUGCUUUAUAGUUUCCUGAUACUUUAAUAUUUAAUGUAAAAGUUUAUUUAGAUUUCUACCUUGACCUGUGUCCCCAUCUUUUGUACUGAACCUUUAAAUAGACCAUGAAUCAUUAUGCUGCCAUGUUGAAGUAGAAAAUCAACUGAUUAUGAUUCUUUGAGUCAAUAUUAAGGAUUUUCAAAAGUAUAUGUUUGCUGAAUUUUUAGAAGAAUGUGAAGGUAUGAUCUUUGCUGAGGUUUUAUGACUACUUCUUAUUAAGUGAAUUAUGAAUUUUGAUUCUGUGGAGUGCUAAAACAGGAAAGAGUACACUUUUUUUUUUUUGCUGGCAGGUUGAUUUGAAUGAUAUAUUGUUAAAGCAGAAAAUCAAAGUAUAUUACCCAUAAUCUGUCCUUACUAAAAGUACUCACACAGGCAGUAGUACUUUUCUUACAUAAAUAUAAUAUUAUAGUUAUUGCCAUUUCUUAUUAUAUAUAUUAUUUUUGUGUCAAGUGAGUAGCUUCAUCAAUCAUUUUAAAAGAUAUGUCUUUGCUUGUUAAAGUGAAUUAUUAUGUUUCAGAGUAAUCUUAUAUGCAAGAAUCCUAUUAAAGAGAACUGCUUCUCUAAUGGAAGUACACUUUCCUGGGAGAUUAAGACUACUGCAGGCAUAGUUGAUAUUCUUGCAUGGGAAGCAGUGUGGUCUGUUCUCAUACAUUGGGCAAUCUAUUAUUGCCUAAUAAGGCUUGGAGAUGAGACUGGGAGUGUUUAAUUUGUGUUUCCUUCUGUGUGAGAAGAGUUUGGUAACCACCUGACCUAUUGAAGUAACAUACUUAGAAAUAAUUUCUUUAUUAUCUUUAUUUAUAGAUUGCUAUGGUAAAAAAAUCUCAAGAUUACUGUUUUCACACUAUUGGUUUUAUUUCUUUUCCAUUAAUCUUAAAUUAGAAACAGGCAAUGAGGAAAAUAGAUUAAAUAAUUCUGUACCUGAAACUAAUUUUAUUUUAUACUCUGUGGUACAUUAACAACUGCAAACUCAUGUUUUUAUGUAAAAAUAUUUUCAUUAUGCAAUUAGUGUUUGAACUCUACAACUUUGUAACUGUUAGACGCAGGAUGAGCAUCAAGAUACAAAAGUCUGCAUUUAUAAACUGUCAUGUUCAAUGAUUAUUAUUGCAGUUUGGAAUGCACUUUGUUCCUUUGGAUGAAAGGACUCUGUUUAUAGUGCCCUCUCUCUGACUCUUCCCAAAUACAGAGAUUGUGAUAGGCAUGGAGAAGGCAGAGUAGAACUAGAACUACUACUCAGCCUAACUAUUACCUUCCAGUAUUGGCCAAUUAUUUCUGUUUCAGAAAUGUAAGUGUGAGGUGUAGGUUUUAUUUUGUUUUUAAGUUCACCUUUUAGGACUGAUUUACCUUCCUUCCCCCCUCCUAAACUCUCUCCCUCCUCUCUUUUUUUUUUUUUCCUUUCUUUUGCUAUUAAAUUUUGUAACAGAAAAUAUCCACUAUCUCAUUUUUCAUGUAAUUAAAUGCUAUUUUUGGAAGUCACUGUUAACUGUUUCAAUUGUACUUUUAUAUUUUAAUACUCACUAUUUUCAUUUAUUAAUGCUCCUAUCACAUAGGUUAGUAUAUUACCUCUUUUUAACAAUGAAUUAAGAAAUCAAAUAUUCUCUUCCAAGAUCAUUUGAAUAAUUGUGGCAAAUUAGGAAUUAGACUCUUUUUCUUAACUCACAACCUGUUUAUUCUAGUAUGCCAAACAGCUUUAUAUUUAAUAACAUUGAUCAAGAAGAUACUUCAUACUUUUUAAGAUAUCUAUCUUUUUUUCUGGCCAGGCAUUUUAAAUGUGAUUUAAUAAAAGGUUAAAAGUAAUUUCUACUUGUAAAAUUUUAAAUGUCAGGUUUCCUAUAAGAUCUUUGGACUUGAGAUGAUUUGAUCAGUAUGGGGCCCAUCUCUUUGGGACUUAAAAAUUAUAGCCUACAACAAACUUAGCAUGUAGAUAUGAGGUAUUUACUCUCUUUAUGUGCAUAAGAAAUUAUUUAAUUAACUUGCAUGAAAUACAUAGUGGGCUAGAUUCUUAGCUCCCCUCUGUAUCUAUAUCUACAUCUACAGGUAGAUGUAGAUAUAGAUAUAUAGAUAUAAAACUUGUCUCUUCAAAAGUUAUGUAUGUCUAGCUAAUCCUAUAGCUAGACAUAUAUAACUUAUCUCUUCAUGAGUUAUAUUUAUAUAUAUCUAUGUAUGCCUAUAGUGUCACAUUAUAGGUAUAGAUAGACAUAUAUAACUUUUCAUAAGGGCUAAAAUGAGAACUAAAGCAAUGAGAAUUCAGUUGAACAUGAUUCAUUAGAAGGGUGUGUUAAUUAAGUUCUCUUGAUGCUUUACUGUGAUGCAAAAUAUGUGAUAUAUUUAAAACAUUUUAUAAUAAUUGUUCUUAUGUUAACUAUUAGGUCAGAUUUGUAUUUCUGAUGCUUUUAAUGUUCUUUUAAAAUAAUGUUUGGAAAAUAAAAUACUGAAAAUCCUAACAUUUCUGAACACCAGAUUGCACUAUAAUGACUUUUUAUCCAAUAAUUUUCAAACUGUCAGCAUGGAAAUGAUCAUUUUUGCACAAUGGGUAAUAGUUUGUUCAGAGAGAGAGAGAUGGAGAGAGAGAGAAUUCUUUUCCUUUAAGAGAUAAAAUAAUUUGACCACCAUUAGUAAAACAUGUGCACAGACUAAUGCGGAAUAGUUAACUUCAAAGGUUAUUUACUAGACUUAGUUUCUCACCCAAAGGGAAGAGUCCCAGUGGAAAAAUUUCAAUGACUUCUUUAAAAUGAGAUCAACUUGGGAAAAGAGAGAGAAUUUUGAAAUUUGUAGUUCCUCAGUCAGGAACUGAGAUUCAGAAACAUGAAGAUAAAUAGGAAAGGAUUUAAUAUAGAAUAUCAGAUGUCUACAAAUCAUUAGAUGAGCAGAGCUCUAUGAUAUGUCUCCAGAAAGAUUCUACAAUAGAAAAUACAAGCCUGCCCAGCCAGACACACUAUUAGUUUUGCUACAACAAAUAAGGGAAGGAGACUGGAAGCUUUCCUUAGACUUGUGACUUCAAGGACACAUUGUUGAAGUUUUCAUCCAGGAAUCAGGAACCUGCUGUUACUGCCACUAUGUACACAAAAAGUCCUCUUAAUUACUGCAAGUAAAGUAGCUGAGCACCAAAAGAGAAAAAUGCAGAAAAAUUUGGCAUCAUGCAUUGAGUUGGGGGGACCUAAUUUGCGUCUAUAACCUUCAGAAGAAUCUGAAUCGUGUAAUUACACUACAAGGGUUGGUUAUGUUUAAAAGGAUGUUCAGGAUGGAUGCUGAGUUUCAUUCUAUUCUGUCCACAAUGAUUCACGUUCUUGGUACUCAGUAUUGAUAUACUCGCCUCUAGUCAUGCUCCCAAACCACAGCAAUAAUGACACCACCACUCUGCUUCUUGAAAUAAUGAAGCCUUAUUUCCUCCAGAGAGAGGAUGCAAAGUGGAAUCAUUCUGCCUCUCUAGUUCAGACAUCCCAACUUGCUAUUCUGUAACAUAAGGACUAAAUUCUAAAGUUUACUGCCAACAUUUGUAUCAAGUAUUGGGGAAAAUGGUAGAAAGAAGAAAUUGGUUAAAAUGUUUGAUAGACACACACAUACAAGCUAUAGGAUAAACAAUAAAAAUUGGAGUUAAUACUGACCUUGAGGCCAGCGCCGCGGCUCACUAGGCUAAUCCUCUGCCUGUGGCGCCGGCACCCCGGGUUCUGGUCCCAGUUGAGGCGCCAGAUUCUGUCCCGGUUGCUCCUCUUCCAGUCCAGCUCUCUGCUGUGGCCCAGGAAGGCAGUGGAGGAUGGCCCAAGUCCCUGGGCCCUGUACCUGCAUGGGAGACCAGGAGGAGGCGCCUGGCUCCUGGCUUCGGGUCAGCGCAGUGCGCUGGCUGCAACGCGCCACUUGUGGGGUGAACCGACAGAAGGAAGACCUUUCUGUCGCUCUCUCUCACUAACUACCUGUGCAAAAAAAAAAAAAUAAAUAAAUAAAAA